AUGGCUGGCCUUGGUCCACCCUACGGGUUCGCACUACGCAGAAAAGGCUUCUGCCUUGAAAAUGAAUCAGGCAAUAAUACAACAGUGGACGGGUUCCGCCGAUGCUGUCCCAAGCCCAGUGUUGAAAGUUCAGGCGCAUGUUGUCCGGGGACCGAUAGCUGUACACAGGAAAUCAAAAACUCACCACACUGUGCCAACGAAAGCUGGGCUCUUUUCCGAAACACCAAGGACAGUGGGUAUUUCUGUUGUUUGCCGGGGACAGAUGGGUAUCUUGCUGGCGAUGGGAAUGGAGUUGGGUGUGAGGAUUCCUAUGUUCCUGACAAUUCUAAUUUGUUGUGGCAGCCGAGAGUUAUUACUGAUGCCGAUAAGCCAACUUGCCCUUCUACUUCAAAUUCGGGCGCUAUCGCAGGUGGCGUAGUUGGUGGUGUUGCUGGGUUAGCAGUCAUUCUUGCCUUGCUUUGGUAUUUCAUGCGUCGUUCAUCACAGAAGCAACUCUCUCAAGAGGAAUUGCCCAUCAAAGAAGCACCAGCGAUACAAUCGGGCCCUGUUCUGUCUUCAGGCAAACCGAGAGAGUUGGACGGUCAAGGUUAUCUGGCGGAGCUGGAAAAUAUUCCUGUCAAUGAGUUGCCGGAAAAUCGAAGGACUCGAUGA